GGGUUGGAAGAGCACUAACUUGUUUUUUUUUUUUUUUUUUGACUGAAAGCACUAACUUGUUAAGGAGUGAUAUAUAAUUAUAUGUUUGAUUGUAUUUUAGUGUCUAAUUGUUCAGUUGGGUCUUUGGCUUUGGAUAAAAAUAUAGUGACUGGGUUUCCAAGGAGGAGAAAGGGAGGGCUGGUUUUGAUCAUUGUUGUUUGUGAUUACUUGUCAUUUCAAAGAGAUGAGGAGUGUUGUUACUGUAACCUUCUUGUUUUCUCACCUGCUGCUGCUCACUGAUUAUUGUUUUUCACUUCCCUUGUGUACUAAUAUGAGAGCACCUUUUAGCCCAAAGACGCCGCUUGUUUUCUGUCAAUACGAAGGUAGUGUUUGCUGUAGCUCCACUGAUGAUAUCCAAUUGCUUAAUCAAUUUAGGGCAAUGAGUGUCUCUGAUCUUGGCUGCAGUUCUCUUCUGAAAUCAAUACUCUGCUCAAGAUGUGAUCAGUUCUCAGCAGAGCUAAUUGAUUCAACACCUUGGAAGGUUCCUGUUCUCUGCAAUUCCACAGUUUCAGCAAACUCAAUCCAAUCCCAACUUGCUGAAGUUGAUUUUUGUUCAAAGGUUUGUGAUGAAUGCAAAAAUGUAUCAUUAUUAAAUUCUCCUUAUGCAUUGCAAGACAGAGGUGGUAUGCCAAUUAAUUCUACUUCCAAGCUGACUAACAUAUGGCAAUCAAAAAGUGCUUUCUGCAAUGAAUUUGGUGGCGCUUCUGAAGCUGGAGAGGUAUGUUUUGAUGGUGGACCAGUUGUACUAAAUCAAACUGAAAAUUUAAGUCCACCAAGUGGUAUUUGCCUUGAGAAAAUUGGGAAUGGAUCCUACCUUAACAUGGUAGCUCAUCCUGAUGGGUCAAAUCGUCUCUUCUUAUCCGACCAACCAGGUAAGACAUGGUUGGCAACUGUUCCGGAGCAAGGAUCAGGAGCACUAUUGGCAAUUGACAAAUCAAAUCCUUUUCUUGAUUUAACUGAUAAAGUAUAUUCUGAUGCUGAGUUUGGAAUGUUGGGAAUUGCAUUUCAUCCAAACUUUCAACAGAAUGGACGCUUUUUUGUGUCAUUCAACUGUGAUAAGGCUAAGUGGCCAGGAUGUUCAGGAAGGUGUUCAUGUAACUCAGAUAUCAGUUGUGAUCCUUCAAAGCUAUACUCUGAAUAUGGGGCACAGCCAUGUCAAUAUUCCAGCGUCAUAGCAGAGUUUACUGCUAAUGGUACCACAUCGCAACCUUCCUCAGUAACAAGCGUCAAACCCCAGGAAGUCAAAAGAAUAUUCACUAUGGGCCUUCCAUUUACUUCUCAUCAUGGUGGUCAGAUUCUUUUUGGACCUGAAGAUGGUUACCUGUACUUAAUGAUGGGAGAUAGUGGAACUGGAAGUUUAGGAGACCCUUACAAUUUUGUACAAAACAAGAAAUGCUUGCUUGGAAAGAUAAUGAGGCUUGACAUAGAUAACAUAUCAAGUGCAACGGAAAUUGCUGACCUUGACCUAUUGGGAAAUUAUUCUGUCCCGGGAGAUAAUCCAUUUGCUGAAGAAAAGGAAUUGCAGCCUGAAAUUUGGGCCCUAGGAUUCAGAAAUCCUUGGCGAUGUAGUUUUGAUUCAGAAAGGCCUUCAUACUUCCUCUGUGCAGACGUUGGCCAGGACCAAUAUGAAGAGGUGGAUUUAGUCACUAAGGGUGGCAACUAUGGUUGGCUUGUUUAUGAGGGCCCCUUUAUUUACAAUCUUUCAACUUCUGCUGGGGGCAAUACAUCUGCUAGCUCUAUCGAUCCAAUAUUCCCUGUAAUGGGAUACAACCACUCUGAGGUAAACAAAGGUGCAGGAGCAUCUAUCACAGUUGGCUACUUUUACCGUUCUAUGACUGAUCCAUGCGUGAAUGGAAGGUACCUUUAUGCAGAUUUGUUUGCUAAUGGUAUGUGGGUAGGUACAGAGAGCCCAACAGAUAGUGGGAACUUCACUAGAACUCAGAUUCUUUUCCGCUGUGCUCAAGACUCUCCUAUCCAAUGCAGUGUUGCAGCAGGAAGUUCUCUUCCCUCACUGGGAUACAUAUUUUCUUUUGGUGAGGAUAACAGGAAGGAUAUCUUCAUCCUAAGCAGUAGUGGGGUAUAUAGAAUUUUUCGUCCUAGUCGCUGCAACUACACUUGUUCUAAGGAAAAUGUUACAGAUCUUACGCAUCCAGCAUCUGUUCCUUCUCCUUUCAACUCAACUGGUAGUCGGUUGAGCAAUCCAUUGAUAGAGCUUCUGCUCCUAGUUUUUUCAUUGCUCGUUUUUUUUGGCAUGUUUAAUCUAUAGAGGGAAGACAAAAUACCGUGUCAAAUCAUGAUUUUCAUAUAAAAUGAGAGAAGUGUCCUCUUGGCCACCUCUUUUCUUGA